AUGGAGGCAUAUCUUGAAGAGGUACGCAAAAUUGAGAAACGAUUCUUGGGCUUCGAAUUGCGGCAUGUACCGCGUGGCACGAACCAGGAGGCGGACGACAUCGCCAAGAGGGCGUCCCGGUGCCACCCCCAGAAGCUUGGCGUCUUCGAGAAGUGGCUCUUCAAGCCAUCGGCGACUCCCCCCACUGCCGGACCGACGCGUCCUCGGGACGAGCCACCCAUGGCACCCUCCUCGGGGGCAGCAGCAUGCGGCCCGACCUCGGGAGCCCACCUGCUUCUCGCACUAGAACGUCACGAGGGGUGCUGUACCGAGGUGUUCAAGGCCUACCUGCUCAAAGGCACCUUGCCAGAGAAGGAGGAAGAUGCGGAACGUGUGGCUCGCCAGGCCACCGCGUACUGCAUCAAGGACGGCGAGCUCUACGGAAGGAGCCCAAACGAUAUCUCUCUGCGGUGCAUCUCCAAGGAGCAGGGGUGCGACCUGCUAGCUGACAUCUGCAGCGGGGAUUGCGGGCAUCACUUUUUGUCACGCACCCUCGUUGGCAAGGCGUUCCGCAGCGGGUUCUACUGGCCCACGGUGCUCAACGAUGCCACUAAGCUGGUGAGAUCCUGCGAGGCAUGCCAAUUCCAUGCCAAACAGAUCCACCAGCCCGCUCAGGGCCUCCAGACCAUCCCGCUCUCAUGGCCGCUCGCGGGAGAGUGA